AUGAAGGUAAGUUCUGGGCACCAGCCUGGGUAUACUCCCCUGACCCCAUUUACCAGCACUGGAGCCAUCUAUGUAUGCCAGCAGCUCGAGGACCAGGUGCUGCCCUUCAUACCCGCCGGUGUGGAUGCCCGCCACUCACACGAUGACGGUGCUCCGUGCUUGGCAGCUGCUGCUCUUCUGCCUGUUGGAGAGCAGCUUGGGUGCCACAACAACUCCAGCGACAACAGUUCUAGCAGGUCAGCACGCCCACCCGGCGGUCAUCUUCUUACCUGGACGUGGCCACCACGACUUACUUACUCUUCGUCUCUCUCUCUCUCUCUCUCCCACCCCCACCCCUUAGUGACCCAGGAGGGACAGCUGCCCUGCGGAGGCUGGGACUGCAACUGUGCCUUCCAAAAGAAGACGGGCUGCUGCUGCGGUGCCAACCAGCUCAGCCACCUGGAGGACUUCCUACUCGACAAGCUCACCUACUUUGACAAGCAGGUUGGCCUCCUGGGCACGGACGUCACGGCCCUGUCAGGGUCCCAGGACGUGGCAUUCACUGCCCUCUUGGGCCGGACAGACUGCUACGGCCCGUUCACAAGCAGCAACACAGUCCCGUACAAGCUGGUCCUGGUCAACAAUGGGAACUGGUACAAUCCUUCACUAGGGGUCUUCACCGCUCCCAUGAGCGGCAUCUACCGCUUCUCCUUUACAUCCUCCUCACUGGAGGGGCAGGGGCGCAAGAUCUACCACCAGCUGAAUCUCAUGAGGAACACAGAGGUCAUGGUCUCCACGUGGGAGGACAACUACGAGGACCUGGAGGACAGCGCCUCGCAGAGUGUCAUGAUGCGCCUUGAACCCGGGGACCAGGUCUACGUGAGGCUGCAGGCGGGGCGCUACCUCUGCGGAGACGCCUUCCGGCAGAAUUCCUUCUCCGGGCAUAUGGUGUUCCCCGUGGGCCAAUUGCUCUGAAGACGGAGGGUCGUCCGGUGGGCCGGGCACUUUGUUUACAGAAGGCGGUCUGUUCUGCCUUGCUGAUAGAGUCACCAUGGCAACCAUGUAACCAAAACAAUACAUCAAUAAAGAGCUAAAAGAA